GUUAAUUUAUAUUAUUUUUUAAAACCUUUUACUAAUGUUUAAAAUUUAUGUUAGAGCUCUUGUUGGAAUAAUGAUAUUUAUAGGUUAUUUUCUAAUCUACAUAGUGCGUUAUAACCUUAGUGUGCAUAUUGUUGACAUGGUUGAAAUACCCAAAAGACUUUUCAAUGUGUAUUAUAAUGAUACUCAGUCUCUUCGAACCGUUUCAAAUAUACGAUCUGGGAAUAUUAUUGAUAUAAUACAUUGGAAUGAAAUGAAAAUCGCCUUAUUACUUGCUGCUUAUCACAUUGGAUAUUGUAUAUGCUUUCCAAUAUUUCAUAAUAUUGGUGAUACAUUUGGACCGAUGUGGGUUGUUGGUAUAGCAGGCUUAGUAUCAGGUGUCUUAAAUUGUCUAACUCCAGCAUCUGCAUAUUAUAACUUCUGGUUGCUUUUUGUUGUACGCAUUUUAAUUGGUUUCUGUGCGGGUGCGAUGUUACCCAACAUGGUUCAAGUACUAAGACAUUGGGUACCACCUACUGAAAGACAUCAUUUUAUGUGGGCGUAUUGUGGGAUUACGACAGGAACGUGUAGCACUUUUCUUAUCUGCGCAGCUGUGCAGUAUUACUUUCGAUGGUCUAUUGGGUUUUAUAUUUCUGGAGCGAUGCAAAUGUUUUGGGCAAGUGCGUGGGUUUUUAUAAUAACUGAUAGCCCUGAAAAACAUCUCUUUAUAUCUAAAGAAGAGUUAGGAUAUUUAUCAACAACUAUCGGAACAGUUUUUAACAUUAAGUUAACAAAUUCUCAAGCUCCGUGGAAGAUCAUUUUACAAUCUAUAUCGUUUUGGGCAAUUUGUAUUCUUAAUUUUGGUUACGCUUGGAUGAUCAUAUCAGUUUGUAUACAUGGACCUCUUUACUACACUGUUAUCCUGAAUUACAGUGUUUAUGAAGCAUCAGCGUUGACAGCUUUACCUUUUCUUAUUAGACUUUUAUUAGGAACAAUUAUAAUUCAAACGUAUCACUGGUAUAAACAUAAUACUAAAAUUAGGAGAGUUAAACACAUGCGGAAAUAUUUUAUAGUUUUUUCUCACGUGUUGCCGGGAAUUUUAGUGUCGAUGGCGUGGUUCGUUCCAAUCAACCCUGGCCCAGUUCUGCUGACCACAGCUAUUGCCUUUACCGCAGCGGGAAUGGAUCUUACUUUAGAUAUUUGUUACGAACUUUCUCCCAAUUACGUCAAUUCUAUCAAUACUGUAAUUAAAAUAAUUGGAAAUUUACCUGGAAUUAUUAUUUCUCUAUGCGUAGGCGAAGUUACACAUCAAUACAAAAAUUCCGCUUUCGUUUGGCAAUACGUGUGGAGCUUCCAUGGUACGAUAUUGUUGUUGAGUGGUCUAAUAUUCCUUGUUUGGGGUGAAACACGUGUCCAGGAAUGGAAUGAAAUGCGGCGAAGGCCGCGGCGGAAAAGACGUCUCGUAAUUAGACCAUCUAUCAUGUCAAACAUCGUUGAAGUUGAUGAAAUUAAUGAAGUGUCAUAUCGUUCCUCAUUACCUCAGCGGCCAAGGACAUUGAAAACGAUGAUACUUUCGUCGGAUUAAGAUCUAUGUUAACGUUAAACAUGCAUAAUGUUGAUAUGGUAUUCAUAUCAACAUUAUCAUAGAAGUUACGUGAUCGGAGAAAGUCAAUGUGUUGUGGAAUAGUCGGCCGAGUCUCUUUGUAGCCACACCAUAAUCGGAACGAGAACAGCAUCAGGGAACAUAGCGUGCCCAAGUUAAGAGUCUAUUAGUGUUUUGCUAACUUAGUUAUAUAGUAGUGGUCAAUUUUCCUUAUUUUAGAAAUAAUUAUUUAUAAUGUAUUAUAAUAAAAUUUUAUAGUAACUUUCUUUUUUACUCUA